UCCUGUCUUGCUCUCAUUCUUUGUGUCUCUUGUCCCAUCCAUUCACCCAUUCCCUCCUCCAGGUUCCCGUUGAAUGACCCCACGGGCCGGGCAUAUUGGCGCCCAACUGUGGGGCUUGGAGCACAGGCAAGAACCGGGUGAACGUCGCUCUUGGAAAGACGGCCGCACGACGAGGAUCGCCGCUUCAGCACGGAAGUAAGGAGAUCCGCAGUGAUCGCCACAGGAUCGCCCGCCUGUGAGACAGAUCUGGAGAGAUAAAAAUGAUGAUCCAGAUAAACCAGAUGAUGCUACAGCUCCUGCUUGUGACGAUCCUAUGGAACACAUUCAAGAUCAAGACCCUGUCCACUAAUCCCACAUCUCCUUUCGCCUGGCGUUUUUACAUGAUGGAAAACUGGACCAGGUCGGAUGGUUGGGGAAACACAGUCCCAGCGGGAAGCACGGUCCUUGCCACCGCCGAUUGCCCAACUUCUGGGUGUUCUUCCCCCAUUAUGUUAAAUUUUUCAGAUUUUAGAGCUGAACCAAAUAAGGUGGAUCCAAAGCUCUGCUUCUUGUUCAACCAGACUCAUUAUAACUGUAAAAAUUAUUGGAGACAAAAAAACAUGGGCUGUCCUUAUUAUUAUUAUUGUAACAUCCACUCUGCUAGGACUCUUAGAAGUUCUGAUAUUAUUCUUGAUCAAUACAAGGGGUAUAAAUUUUUUAAGACACCUAUAGGAUAUACCUGGGUCGUUUGGGACCCAUUGGAUCCACGAUGGACCUCCCCAGUCAAAGGAGCCAUGUAUAUGGUUGGUAUUGCACCAUGGCCCAGCAGCCGUAUUUACAUCUGGAGAUCCUAUAUUCAGGUCCAGACCACUGUCCACGCAGAAAUCCAACAAACGGAAGCCCGUAUACAAUCACAGCUUUCUCCCCCACAGACCUUCUCCUGGUUAUCCCUCUUGCAAGAGGGUCUAUCAAUAAUCAACGCCACAGACCUCGGCAAUAUCUCAGCCUGUUUCCUAUGCGCAGCACUGGGACGCCCUCCUUUAACGGUCAUCCCUUACCCCACUGCCCUAAACACCUCCAACGACCUAUUCCCUUCCCCUCCUCCCAUUUUUGACAUGUCCUUAUUCCCAAACCCACUUCAACAACAGUUCUCGUUUUGCUACUAUAACGCCAGCACCAAUCUAUACAAUCAGACCGCCCCGCCUAAGUGGCCACUAACAGCCCCCCGAAGGAUUCUUUUUCUGGUGCAAUGGCACUCUUUCUGAGAACCUCUCUAACACCGUCAGUCUGGAAUUGUUAUGCCUUCCCAUGGCAUUGGUACCUCAGUUGACAAUUCUUACCCCUGCUGAAUAUUUGGGGGGAACAUACCCUCACCUCCUAAGGCAAUAUCAAAACAUGCCAUCUUCCUCCCCUUGGUAGCCGGCAUUUCUCUCGCCUUAUCUCUGGUUGCCACUGGCCUGGCCGGCGGAGCCUUAGGGCACUCUAUACUACCUCCAAACUUUCUCAACAGUUUCCCAUGGUAGUUGAGGCCUCCGCUGAAUCCCUGGCCUCCCUACAAAGACAGAUAACUUCUCUUGCUCAAGUUACUUUGCAGAAUCGCCACGCACUGGACCUUCUUACCGCUGAAAAAGGAGGGACCUGCCUGUUCCUCAAGGAAGAAUGCUGCUUCUACGUCAAUGAAUCUGGCCUUGUGGAAACACGAGUCCAACAACUGCACAAACUCAAGGCUGAGUUACAGAGAAAAAAAUUUUCUGCUGCCGCUGAUGAUUGGUGGAAAUCCUCCAUGCUCUCACUUUUGAUGCCCCUUAUAGGACCUUUGAUUAGCCUCUUAUUAUUGGUUACUUUGGGACCCUUUAUAUUUAACAGGAUCAUAAGAUUCAUAAAACAACAAAUUGACUCCCUGGCAUCAAAGCCUCUAAAUAUAUUAUCAUAGACUUGAUUUGGCUGAUAGAGGCUUGGCAAAACCUAAGGAGGAAAAUAUUUCUACAGGAACUGCAUAGAGCUCAGAGAUAUGCACUCCGGUGGGUGUUGGCACCAGACAAGGGGUGCCAGGCUGAGCACUGCAGGAGGAGACCCGUUGGUCCAUUUCUGAGUCCCCUGAGAGGUAUACCUGAAUUGCAUAGAGGUUGGUGCCCUAUCUAAAAAAUUCCAGCCCUGCCUCUCCUCCCAAAAAGGCACCAAGGGCUUACAACUAAACCACGGAGGAUUCAGGUCACUACCUCCCCCCUCUGGUUAAAGCCACUUGCCCCAGGGGCAAAAAAUCAAAAAAGUCUCCUCUCACUUUGCCGAUCGCCUCAUUUGAAUUUAAAUAAAAAGGGAGAAAAUGCCGGGAGCCAAAGGGUUAAAGAACUGUGGUGGAAAAAUUAAGGCAGAACUAACCAACCUUAGUGGAAUGUUACAGCAAGAUAAGUAGAAGUAAAUAACUGUUAGUUCCUGAAGAGUCAUAACUAUUGACUCCAGGAACUGAGAUUACCAUCUGUUACCGUCUGACAGUUCCUGGUACCGAUUGCCUCUCUCUGCAUUCUUUCCCCCUUCCCCACAUUUUUCUUCCCCCCUGGUUGUGUAUAUAAUCAGCCUCCUUGAAUAAACGU